AUGGAAACAGCAGCAAUAACUCAAGAAGCAACAGGGAAAAAUGAACAAGAGAAAGCAAAAGAAAAUGAAGCCACAAUAAACCAGGAAUCAGAUAAGUACGACCCAUGCAUAAUAAUGCAGAGACAAAAGAGAAUAAGAAAGGAAAUAAACAAAGAGGAAGCUGGUGCCAGCCACACCAAAGAGAAAGAAAGCAAGAAAAAUAAUAAGCCAAGAUAUAGUGUGUUAGAAAUAGAAGAGCCAGAUGAAAGUGGAAUAGAGAAUGAGGAGGAAAGAGAGCCAAAAAGCAACAAAAAAGUAGUACAAGAGGAGAAAGAACAGAAUCAAAGAGGCACAAACUCAGCAAAUACAAGCAGGAAAAAUCAGAACAAGACAAAGAAAGUGAUAUACAAGGGAGAAAGCAGCCAGAAUAACAAGGAAAACAACAUAGCUAAAUACAAGGAGAGUUGGAAUGUGACAAAUGACGACACGCAAAAUUUAAAUUUCCAAACAACCAACAAUAAAGAGCAAGAAUACCACAAAAUGGAGGAGGAAGAACCACCAGACCCUAGAGAGCUAGAACAAAGAUCUGAUGUGCCUACAGAAACAGACAUGAAGAAGGAGAUAAAAGACCUGAUAAUGGGAGUGGAGUGUGAAACUCCCAAAAUCAGUGAGAUAGGAAAGACACAACUGUGGAUAUGUAGCUAA